CUGUUUCAGUCAGAAUACUACUAUUCCUUGGGAGCGAAACCGAAGCCAAUCGAUUGGCGUUGGGUUUGCCGUGAUUUAUUAGUUGAUGCAGGCCGGGCGCUUACAUCGUCAUUGUCAAGCAAAAAAGAAACGAUCCUGCUGCAUCCUGGCGACGUGUCGUUGAAUUCGAUUUCUUUCCGCGGUCGUUCGGUUAUUCGAGACAUGAAGCAACGUUCCUCAGCGCAUCUUGAGCAUUUUCUGAUAGCAGCUGAAUGGCUAGCAGUCAAUCAGGAUCAGCAAGGUGGAUGGCCAGUCCCAGUUGAGCGCUCGAUAGCUGAGAAACGUUUGGUUCUGCCAGCCGGCUGGCAUAGUGCUAUGGCGCAGGGGCAUGCUUUGAGUGUGCUGGUACGUGCUUAUGCUGUAACAAACGAUACAAAGUAUCUGAAUGUGGCUAAACGUGCACUUCAGCUAUUCAGAACGGCGGCCGCAAAAGGAGGUGUGCUGAACGAACUAUUCGGUCAUGCAUGGUUUGAGGAAUAUCCAACAACGCCGGGCACAUUCGUACUCAAUGGUUUCCUCUAUUCGCUAAUUGGCCUGUACGAUAUUUCACAGAUUGCUCGUACUGGAGCAGCAGCAGCAACAGUACCACAUGCUGUUGAUUUGGCAGCCGAAGCAGCAGCGUUAUUUUCAACUGGUCUCGAAAGUUUACGAAUUUUUUUGCCACUUUUUGAUACGGGCAGUGGGACGCUGUACGAUUUAAGGCACCUGGGCCUAAAAACAGCACCAAAUUUGGCUCGUUGGGAUUAUCACUCGGUGCAUAUUUAUUUGCUCAAAUGGCUUUAUGUUAUAACGGGUGACGGGCUGCUAAAUGAUACAGCAAAUCGUUGGGUGGCCUACGCGGCCGGUCAUCGUGCGAAGCAUAAUUGAAA